UAGGCGAUAGAGCGCUUCCUUUAACAAGAUGGCGGCGGGAAGCAAGCGCGGCGGUGGGAAGCGUGGCUCGAAAAGCGAUGCGGACUCUGGCUUCCUGGGGCUACGGCCCACCUCGGUGGACCCGGCACUGAAGCGGCGGCGCCGGGGCCCCAGAAACAAGAAGCGCGGCUGGCGGAGGCUUGCUGAGGAGCCGCUGGGGCUGGAGGUGGACCAGUUCCUAGAGGACGUGCGGAUGCAGGAGCGCACGACCGGUGGCUUGUUGGCUGAGGCCCCCAAUGAAAAACUGUUCUUUGUGGACGCUGGACCCAAAGGAAAAGAAAGGAGCAGGAAGAGGACUCAGGCCCAGAAGAAGUCACAGCGGCUCCAGAAACCCCUGAGGGCUGACCUUGUCCUUGAGAACCCAUCUAAGAUCCCUGUCCCCAAAGACAUCCUCGCACACCAGGUCCCCAACGCUAAGAAGCUCAGGCGGAAGGAGCAGCUAUGGAAGAAGCUGGCGAAGCAGGGUGAGCUGCCCAGGGAGGUGCGCAAGGCGCAGGCCCGGCUCCUCAACCCUCCUGCACCCAAGGCCAGGCCUGGGCCCCAGGACGUCAUCCAGCAGCCCUUCUACGAUCUCUGGAACCCUGACAACCCUCUGGACAGGCCGUUGGCUGGUCAGGAUGUGUUUUUCCUGGAGCAGACCAAGAAGAAAGGAGUGAGGCGGCCACCACGCCUCCACAUCAAGCCCUCUCGGGUGCCUGCGGUGGAGGUGACACCUGCCGGGGCCUCCUACAACCCAACUUUUGAAGACCACCAGGCCCUGCUCCAAGAGGCGCAUGAGGUGGAACUGCAGCGGCAGAAAGAGGCGGAGAAGCUCGAGAGGCAGCUGGCCCUGCCUACCGAGGAGCAGGCAGCCACCCAGGAGUCUGUGUUCCAGGAGAUGUGUGAGGGCCUACUGGAGGAGUCCGAUAGUGAGGAUGAGCCGGGCUGUGUCAAGCGGCUGGAGGCGGAGGAUGGGGCUGAGUCCUCACCUGCUGGCCCUGCCCCUUCCACUGCUGAAAGGAGGAUGGAAAAGAAGACAGAGCAGCAGCGGCGGCGAGAGAAGGCUGCCCGCAAGCUGUGGGUGCAGCAGACUGCAUUGCGGGCAGCGCGGCUCCAACACCAGGAGCUCUUCAGGCUGCGUGGGAUCAAAGCCCAGGUGGCCCAGCGGCUGGCAGAGCUGGCACGGCGGAGGGAACGGCGGCGGAUGCGGCGACUGGCAGAGGCGGACAAGCCCCGAAGGCUGGGUCGGCUCAAGUACCAGGACCCCGACAUAGAUGUGCAGCUCAGCUCCGAGUUGACGGGCUCGCUGAGAACUCUGAAGCCUGAAGGCAACAUCCUCCGGGAUCGGUUCAAGAGCUUCCAGAAGAGAAAUAUGAUCGAACCCCGGGAGCGAGCCAAGUUCAAGCGAAAGUACAAAGUGAAGCUGGUGGAGAAGCGGGCCUUCCGGGAGAUCCAGUUGUAGCUGUGCAGAUGCCAAAACCCCGCCCUUCAAUAAAGCACUGUGACCAAG